ACCCUCAUGAGGCUCACAGCUUUCCUGAGUGUGCUAAGCCUGGCGCUGCAAGAGGCGGGGACAACCUCUGCACCACAGGCAAGGAAGAGGAGCGAAGAGUCGCACCACAGCAAAAGCCUGAGCCUGGAUGAUUUCAGGGAGGUCAGUGACCUGAGAAACCCUGAGGACUGUGAGAGGCUCAUGGACUGCGGGGACCAUCUCCCUGAGGUUAGAACAACCAGCCUAGCUCCUCCAACCAGGAUCAGUCCCUCUGAGAAUUCUAUAGCCACAAGAACAGUAACCUCCAACCCCACGAUGAGCAGGCCUACUUUGACAACAAUGCCAGGCUUACUGGGCUCCCCAACCAGCCAAAGCCUGCCCACUUGCCUAGUCUGUGUGUGCCUCGGUUCCUCCGUGUACUGCGAUGACACUGACCUGGAAAACGUUCCUCCUCUCCCCCGGAUGACCACUUACCUGUACGCCCGCUUCAACCGCAUCAGCCGCAUCAGGGCCGAAGACUUCAAAGGCCUGACAAAACUGAAAAGGAUUGACCUCUCCAGCAACUCCAUCUCCUUCAUCGAUGACGAUGCCCUCCACUCGCUGCCAGCUCUGCAGGAUCUGAUCCUGGCAGAGAACCAGCUGGCAGCUCUGCCCCUGCUGCCCAGUGGCAUUGAGCUCCUGGAUAUCCGCCUGAAUCAGCUCCGGAGCUCAGGGAUACAGCCUGGGGCUUUCGAGGCCCUGGAGAAGCUGCAGUUCCUCUACUUGGCAGACAACCUGCUGGAUUCUGUCCCCGGGUCUCUGCCCCUGAGCCUGCGUUCACUACAUCUGCAGAAUAAUGUGAUAGAGACCAUGCCGAGAGACGCCUUCUGCGAUGAGGCGAAGCACAGACAUACCCGCAGGCGGCUGGAAGACAUCCGCCUGGACGGGAACCCCAUCAACCUCAGCCUCUUCCCCAGUGCUUACUUCUGCCUGCCCCGGCUCCCCACUGGUAGCUUCACCGCGUCCCACAGUCAUCUCCCCCCAGGUCGAGCCCACCGGAGGCACAUGCCACCCAGCCCCCAGCACUAG